AUGCGGAGCCUGGUGUGCUUGUUAGCCCUGGCUGGGUUUACUACACAGUCGCUAGGGCAGCAGCAGCAGCAGCCGCUAUAUGCGACCGCCAAGCCCAAUGUCGUCUUCAUAUUAACUGAUGAUCAAGACGCGCAACUCGGCUCCUUGGACUACAUGCCUUAUGUUAAAAAGCAUCUCCUAGACAAAGGAACACACUAUCGCAGCCAUUACUGUACAACCAGCGUCUGUUGCCCUUCGCGGGUGACCCUUUGGACAGGGAAACUGGCCCACAACACAAACGUUACGGACGUCAAUCCUCCGCAUGGUGAUUAUCCAAAGUUUAUUUCUCAAGGUCUCAAUGACAACUAUCUGCCUGUCUGGCUACAGGAAGCCGGGUACAAUACCUACUACACUGGUAAACUGUUCAACGUCCACACGGUCGACAAUUAUAACGCCCCCUUCCCAGCUGGGUUUACCGGAAACGACUUCCUUCUCGAUCCAUUUACAUACGACUACCUUAACAGCACCUUCCAACGAGACCGAGAACCACCCCAAAGCUACGAAGGUGAAUACAGCACCGACGUCCUCGCACAAAAAGCAUAUCGCCUACUCGACGAAGCAGUCGCGGCUCAAAAGCCCUUCUUCCUCACCGUCGCUCCCAUUGCACCGCACUGCAAUGUUUUCAUGAAUGGUACCGGCUUGGACGCCAACCCUAAAUUCAGCUUCAGCGCACCUAUUCCCGCGAAGCGACACGAGGACCUAUUCUCCGACAUUAAAGUCCCCCGAACCCCCUCCUUCAAUCCGGAAAAACCCUCAGGCGCCAACUGGAUAAAGACCCUCAAGCGACAGAAUGAUACUAAUAUUGACUACAAUGAUCACUUUUACCGCCAACGUCUACGCGCCCUGCAGGCCAUUGAUGAACUAGUUGAUGGUCUGUUUUCCCGAUUGGAGGAUUAUGAUAUUCUCGACAACACCUAUGUAGUCUAUAGUAGCGAUAAUGGCUACCAUAUUGGUCAACACCGACUUCAGCCGGGCAAGUCGUGUGGAUAUGAGGAAGACAUCAAUGUUCCCUUGAUAGUUCGUGGCCCCAGUGUUGCCCAAAAUGUAUCUACGAAUAUUGUUACAACACAUACGGACCUUGCACCCACCUUCCUUGAUUUGUUAGGCAUUCCUCUCCGAGAGGACUUCGAUGGCGACCCCAUCCCUUUGACAGAGAACCAGAUCGAGGAGGCCCAUGACGAGAGACAAGAGCAUGUCACAGUUGAAUAUUGGGGAUAUGCAGCGGGAGAGGGUAUAUAUGACUUUGACCUAUCGGCAUACAACAACACAUACAAAGCUCUCCGCAUCAGAGGUAGUGAAUAUAACCUCUACUACUCUGUUUGGUGUAACAACGAGCAUGAACUCUACGAUAUGACUAGUGACCCUCAUCAACUCCAUAACCUCCUUUCUACAAAUGGGCUUCCAAAUGCGACCUCUCACAUCAUAUUGAACGUUGAUCUUUCCAAAGUCGUUCAGCGACUUGACUCCCUUCUACUGGUGCUCAAGUCCUGUAAGGGCCAGGUAUGUGUCAGGCCAUGGGAUGCCUUGCAUCCGCGCGGGGAGGUCACGACGUUGAAAGACGCACUGGAUGUGCGCUAUGAUUAUUACUAUGAGAUGGAACAGACAACGCGGGUCCAGUUUGACGAGUGUGCGCGCGGGUAUUUUCUGGAUGUGGAGGGCCCACAGUUUGGUCAAGGGACUGAGUAUGGGGUUCUUCGGGAUGGAUUACCAUGGUAUGAGUGGGUAUAA